UUGUGUUGGCCUGACUGGCAUGCAAGGGGUGUCAGAGGCCAGUGCAGAGCCAGGAGAAAGGGAGGCUGGAGGGGGCCAGAUGUGCUAAAAUGGAUCCAGAUAUGAGAUUCUGAUGUGGAGGCUUGAGGUGGGGUGUGUGCGUGUGUGUGCAUGCACUCACACAUGUGCACAUAAGAGAGGGGAAAAAAAAAACAGAAAAGGGAACUUGUGGCUGGAUUUGCUCUCUCCAAGUGUUUCCCAGAUGCUGGGACUUUCAUGUGCUGUUGUUGUAAUCCUGACUUCCACCAUGGCGUGCCCCCUGGAGAAAGCCCUAGAUGUGAUGGUGUCCACCUUCCAUAAGUACUCGGGCAAAGAGGGCGACAAGUUCAAGCUCAACAAGUCUGAGCUCAAGGAACUGCUGACCCGGGAGCUGCCCAGCUUCUUGGGGAAAAGGACGGAUGAAGCUGCAUUCCAGAAGCUGAUGGGCAACUUGGACAGCAACAGGGACAACGAGGUGGACUUCCAGGAGUACUGUGUCUUCCUGUCCUGCAUUGCCAUGAUGUGCAACGAAUUCUUCGAAGGCUUCCCCGAUAAGCAGCCCCGCAAGAAGUGAAGGCUUCUCCGUGUGGCUCAGGGGUCUGCCAGCGGAGGUCUUCCCUGUCGGCAGUGGGCAGUGCCCCACCCUGGUUUCUUCAGGCAUGUGUAUGAUGCUGAACAAGUUCAAUAAAGAUUUUUGGAAGCUCUGA